UGUCUCUGGAAGAAAUAAGGGGAACACAGGUCUGAGAGCUCACUAUUAACUUAAGCAAGCUGGUAUGCAGAAUCAGUCACCAGUACUGGGGCACCGAUACCCAGGCAUAAUGUGUGGUAUUUAAUGCUACUGCUACUUAGACUAGACCUACUGACGUUAAUGGACACGCCUAACUUAGGUUCAUUGGGUGGGGUUCACCUAACUAGCUCUGCCAAUUUGGAAUCUUAUGUGAAAAGUUAGUGUGUUGAUUUCAGUGAACUUAGGCACAUAUAUAUGAUCAAGCAGCUUUUUAAGGCAGGAAUUAUAUUGAUGCAAUCAUUGAUAAGCUACAGCUGUGGCCUCUGCUGGCCCGGUAGCUGUUAAAGGCACAGACCCAGUGUGAGGAGAAGGUAUUUUCCUAUCUGAGUGAUGUAGUCAGCUUCAGAUGCUGAGUUGUGUACAUGUGGGGAUUGUGUGGAAUAGAAAACGCGAGUCGUUUUCAAAUUGUACAGUCCAGGGAAUGUCAAUUUUAUAUUUGCCCUUCAGUGCAAAAUCUGAUUUAAGGGACACCUCUGCAUUAUACAUUUUAAGCAGUAUCGGGCCACUUUAAACAGUCAUGGUUCCCCUCAAAGGAUCCCGGGAGCUGUAGUUUGUUAAGUGUGCAGAAAGUUGUGAGGAGACCCCUAUUCCCCUCAUGGAGCUACAAUUCUCAGAGUGGCUGAACAAUCAGUCCCAAGGAAUUCUGGAGAUUGUAACUCUGUGAGGGGAACUGGGGCCUCAGAAACCGCAGCUGCCAGGAUUCUUUGAGGGAAGCCAUGUUUGUUUAAAGUGGUAUGAUACUGCUUUAAAUGUGUUGAUGUGCAGAUGGGACCUAAGACUCAACAUCCUCCCUGUGAAUGCUGCUGGGAUUUAUACCAAUAGCUUCUAGGGAAGGAUAACAAGGCAGGCAUUCUUUGCCCUAGCAAUUGAUCAUCAUGGACAAACAGCAAGCUGUCCAGCAUUGUAGCUGCAAUUGAAGCAAGUGUUGCUGGUCAGACAAAACAAGUUAAACCAGUUGACUGAUCUAGUCUGGGAAAUCGUACAUUCCUAAAAAAACCUUCAGCUUGUGUAUUCGAGGCUUCUGGUCUUGGAGCCCCACUGGAAGAAAAAACCCAGAAAGAAGCAGUUUCUGAGGAGAAACUGAGCAGGGGAAAGGUUGAAUGCUCACUUUCCUGUGUGCCCUUGCAUUGUAAAGAUUUGGUGGCUGGUCUGCUGCUGUCUUCUGUACAGUUUGUCUGGCUGGACCUUUACUAAUAUUCUUGGCAAUGUGGCCCCUUGGUAACUGACUGUAAGAAGAGUACUCCUUGGGUGGCAGCAGUCUCAGCUUUGAACAUUGUAUUUUCCCACCUCAUCCCUGUUUCAUUGACUGCUUUUCAGGACUUUUGUACCUCUGGUUCAUUCAAGACUGUGUGCGAGAACCAGUUAUGGGUGGGGGUUGCAAUUCACAAUAAAAUCAAAAGAAGGACAGAACUACAAGACAACCGACACAAGAGAUGGACCUGUCGCAUAAAUUCUCUAAGAGAGAGCGCACCCUGCUAUAUGAAGAGGUCCUCUACACCAUUCUCCAUCGCUUGGGCAAACCAGAACUUAGCCAUGUUGCUGAUCCAGAUGAGCUGUACACAUAUGUGCAGAAGGCCUUCAAUAUGGAUCCAGAAGAGCAUGAUAUUCUACUACAGAGGGUCAAAGAGCUAGAGAAACCAAUUUUUUGUCUUAAAGCAACUGUGAAGCAAGCCAGGGGCAUUCUGGGUAAAGAUGUCAGUGGAUUCAGCGACCCAUACUGCCUCCUAGGGAUAGAAGAGAAAACUCGGGACUCUUCCACCAGUGGUGGCUCCCGUCAAGAGAAUAAAAAGCGAUCAAAGGCUGUGGUAAAGAAUCUGCUCCCUGAAGACCAGACUCACCGCACCCAAAUCAUCAGCCAGACUCUAAAUCCUGUGUGGAAUGAAACCUUUAUCCUGGAGUUUAAAGAUAUAGAGAACGCCUGGUUACAUCUAGACAUGUGGGACUCGGAUGAUGAUGUCGAAACUGUGCGUCACAAACUGGGAGAGUUGACAGACCUCCAUGGCCUGAAGAGGAUUUUUAAGGAAGCUCGCAAGGACAAAGGGCAGGAUGACUUUCUGGGGAAUGUGGUACUUCGCCUGCAGGACCUGCACAGCAGAGACGACCGCUGGUGCAGGCUGGAACCUCGCACAGAAACCUACCCCAACCGAGGACAUUGCCACCUGCAGUUCCUUUUUAUGCAUAAGAGGAGAGCCACCUCAGCCAGCAAGACACAACCGAGCUACACAGUCCACCGGCACCUUCUUCAGCAGAUGGUUUCUUAUGAGCUUCUUCAGCACCAGGUGGGCAGCACUUCCUGGAAUGGAGAGUUGAGCAAACAUGCCAGUACAAUCUUGUAUCUGCAUGCUACACAAAAAGAUAUUUCAGACUUCCACCAGGUUAUGGCGCACUGGCUGGCUUAUAGCAAGCUCUACCAGAACUUGGAGUUUGACAGCAGCUGCCUGCUCCACCAGAUCACCAGCAUAGAGUACCAGUGGGUGGAAGGUCGAUUAAGACAGGAGCAGAAUGUAGAACUGGCCGACUCCUUUCAGUCCUUGCUGGCUUAUGGGAUUUCUCUCAUCCAGAAGUACCAGAUUGUCUUUCCACUUUCUGCUCCUAAUUCUACAAAGAAGCUACAAUCCCUGCUCAGACUCUUGGUGCAGAUGUGUAAAAUGAAAGCCUUCAGAGAACUUUGUACAGAGACCCCCGACCUUCAGGAAAUGGUGACAGAGGCACUCAAGACUGGAACAGCAGAGUGGUUUCAGAUGAAGAAGCAACACCUGAAGCCAAUGGUAAAGACUAUGGAGGAGUGCGGGAAGGCCCUGGUCACUCUUCUUCUGGAGGUGAAUGCAGAUCUCCAGCGGAGCCACAAAACCUAUAACAAAUAUUUCACCAACACUGUCAGAGUGGACCUCUUCUCAAUUGCGUAUCUCGAAAUGCAAGCGCAGGUUUCCCAUUAUGUCAAGGAGCAGCUGAGAAAGAUUGACAGUGGCAUGUCCCAGCUCACAGCAGAGAGUCUUUUCCAGCUCUAUCUCAGCCUGCAGGAACUAUAUCGCAUGAAGGACCUUGUGUGCAACAGGGAAGGUCCUCUUGAACUGACAAACUACCACCAGUGGUUCAAGGAAGCCAUCCCCAAGUGGCUCCAGAAGGCAUACACCAUAGCCUUAGAAAGGACUCAGAGAGCUAUCCAUGUAGACCAGCUGACACCACUAGGAGAGCUGAAUAAGCACAGCACAUCCACGGUAGACUUAUCAACUUGCUAUGCUCAGAUGGUAAAGACCUGGCAGCAACUGGACUGGCCGGAUCCUGAAGAGGCCUUCAUGAUCAUGGUGAAAUUUGUUGAGGACAUAUGUAAAAUUGCUCUGAUGUACUGCCGACUGAUCAAGACAAGGGCAGAAGAAUUGUCAUCAAAGAAACACAAAGAGGGAGAAGCGGCAAACAGGCUCUGCGUUGUGGUGAACAACAUCGAGCAGCUCCGCAUGAUGAUCCUGAAGCUGCCGUCCCAGCUGGACUGGGCGCGCCUGGAGCAGAAGACGGGAGCGGUCAUUGCGCCGGAGCAGAUCCAGCACACCUUGCACCACCAGCUUCAGGCUACCGUCACUUGCCUCAACAACGAGAUUCGUGGCGUGGUGCAGACCCUGGCAAGCAAACUGCAUGCUGGAAUUGCCAGACACAUCCAGGAGCUGUACACCUGCAGCGCUUCCAGGGACCCAGAAGAUUGCAUCACCCCUUUAAUGCUAUUUUUGGAAUGUGAGCUCCAGUAUCUAAGUGGGAACCUGGUCCAAGAGAACUUCAACAGCCUCUUGGAGCUGCUGUGGAAUCACACUCUGGACAUGCUGAAAGAGGCUGCAAAACAGCAACUUGGCAACUUGGCGUACUUCAAGAAAUUGCAGUGUGCCCUCAAGAACUUGGAGCGGUGUUUUCAUGGAGAGGGCUGUGGUCUGCUAGAGGACACCCUCCACAAUGCAACAUUUAAAGCUCUGGAAGAAGAACUGGACCUCUGCUCUUCCACCAGCAGAAAACUUAUCCAGAAAUACUUCAGCGCCCGAAUCCAGCAGCAGACAGAGGCUAGCCCUGAAAAAUACGGGGCUGUGACCAUCAAGGCCCUUUACCGCCACUCGGAACAAAAGCUGCGUGUCGAGGUGCUCAACGCUGUCAACCUCCUUCCCCUGGACUCCAAUGGCUUAAGCGACCCCUUCAUCCAGUUGACCCUGGAGCCACGGCAUGAGUUCCCCGAGGUUAUGACACGGACAACCCAGUGCAUAAAGAACAAUCUCCACCCUCUCUUUGAUGAAGUAUUUGAAUUUUUGGUCCCUCCAGAAAAAUGCCAGCAGGAUGGGACGUGCCUGCUGCUCACCGUGUUUGACUACGACACCUUAGGAGCCAAUGAUCUGGAGGGAGAAGCAUUCUUCCCCCUCUGCAAGGUGUUGGGGCUGAGUGAGGACGAGGAAGCCAUCAACCCUUCCAGAGUGCCGCAGACCCGAUUGUCCUUGACUCAUCCCGGAACUGCAGGCGCUGAAAUCUUGAAGCUGCUGGAGACCCGCAAAGGAGACAAGGAGGCGCAGGCAUUUGUGAAGCUCCGCAGACAACGAGCAAAGCAAUCCAGGGAGACUGAGCGACAGCAGGAGCAACAAUAGAGGCUGCAACAGAAGGGACUGAGCUGAAAAGGUGCAGCAGGCAGGGCCUGUGCUGCCAUGGCGACAGCAAAUACACCAUGUUGAGCAGGAAGCCCUUCUUCCACUCCAGCUUUUUCUGCUGGUGCUAGAGGGACAUGCGGCAUUCUAGCCUGGCCAUAGCAGACCCUGGGGCUCUUUUGUCAGUGCAUGCUGAAGAGCAAGUUGUGUCUGGAUGAAUGUUUGACCUGUUUCCAUUCAAGAGGCGACAGGAAAGGCUUGUGUCACCCACUCCCAGCCCCAUUCAUCCGUUCUUCAUCUGCAGUAAGGACUUCCCUUAUUUUAUUUUAAGAAAAAUGGAAAACGUGGUACCAUUUGAUUUUCAUACUGCAGGCCAAGGGAUGCUACGAGCAAACACAUGCGCACAAUUGGCACGCAUGCGUGCACACGAGGACUGAGAAAGAGCCUGUUUGGCCGGCAAAGCUUGUAAUAUGCCCCUUGUGGAUUUCCCCCAGGAAAUGCUUUACUCUGUUCGCCAGAUGGCAUGGAAAGCAGGCAGCCUGGUACACCAGAAAGCCAAAGGGUGGGGUGGGGGUGGAAGAGCAGCUUUUGGUGAGUUAAAAAAAACAAACACCCCAGACCUGCGAUCACUAAUCUCUGCUACAGGAACUGGCACUUCCUUCUGAUUUAAGCAUCACUGACUUAAAAAGGAAUUAAAUGGAAGAGCCGCUGGCUGUACGCUGUGAUGGAUUCUAUGCCCACUCAUCUCCAGGGCACAAUUCUGAUUAUCACAAAGAAGGCACAGAUGUUGCUGGGGAGUGGAAACUCUUGCGAUUUAAAGCAGGGGAGGCUUUAAUUGAAAAGAAAAGCUGCAUGUUCUAUGAACAGUGCUGUUGUUAUUUAUACCUGUAAGCUGUGCUUGGCUUUGAUGGAUUGAUGGGAGCAUAAGACUGCAGUCACCACCACCACGGUUAGAAUUUCACCUCCAUUUCGGCAGUAAGGCUUGUGAAGUGUUACUUUGAACCCUGACCUACAGGUAAAUCUAAAGACAGCCUAACGUAAGCUUUGAUCAUAGCACUGCAGGAAGCAUUCCCUCAAUUUCUGAGCAUUUGCGACUUGUUCCCCCCCCACUCCACUCCUUUGCAGUCAGGUGUUUCCACUGCCAGUGAGGCCAGGUCUUUAUAGUAAGGAUGGGGAACCUGGACCCCAAUUCCCAUCAUCCAUAGCAUUGGCCAAGCUGGCUGCAAGUUGGGAGUCUGACAUCUGAAGGGCCACAGAUUCCAUCCCCACUCCUGCUCUACAACUUAAGUUUUCCUGUUUUUCCUAAAGCCUAGAGCAGAUCGUUGUCAGUGUGGUGGUGGUUGAUUUAGCCAAGGUUUCUGUGCAAAGGGAAAUUUGCUCAGUAGACUGUAGUUCUUGGCUGGUUUCCUCUCCCAUCAAGAGGAAUUGCUUUCCUGUAAGUGAAAAGGACAACUAAAGGAUUAUGUGAGGCUAAGGCAUGCUAUUUCUGUCACAUUAGCAGCUAAAGGCUAAAGGCUGUGAAAGAAACCAGGCCAGGCUCUCGUUUAGUUUGGGCGGGGUGAGCUCUGAGCAAGCAAAAGCGUUUCCUAUUUUUACAACUGUGUGUAUGUGCAUACAUUCCUGAGGGUAGAGCUGAGUGGACAGGCUCUUGUGGAGGCAUUUUUGAGCAUCUUAAAUAUGUAGUGCUUUAAUGCCUUUCACUUACUACACAGCCUUUGCAGAGGAGAGAAAACCCGAGAGCAUCCUCUAUAUAGAGCACAGCUGCUGGAUGUCUUAUCUACUAACCCCCCCCCCAAAAUCAAGAUUUUUUUAAGCUAAACGGUGUGUUUUCCUCCAGUGUACCUCAGGAGACUUAUUGGCAUACUAUACACCACUUAUUCUAUAAUGUGUUCCAGUUUAAAUUGGUGAAUACAGUGUAAGAAGGGGACAGUAGCAUUCUGUGGCACUGGCAGCAGGGAGGGAAACGGAGUAUGAAGUAAUCUCAUUUCCUUUUGUAAAGGCCUGUAGAAAGCAACCUCUGCAGAGGCAGCUAGGGUAGUUGCAGGAGGAAAGGAUGUAGCAGAAGUCCUGCAUUGAUUCAAAGAAAGAGCGUCCUCCUUUAAGCAUCCUGGUACCAAAAAUGGCCAACCAGAUGUUUUGCACAGCCCAUAGCAGGGUGUGAAAGCAACAGCUCUCCCUUACUGUUUGCCUCCCCCUCCAAUUCUGCAAAUGGAAGUGUAACUAAGAAGUGUGGCAGUGCAACAGAAUGUGGCACUUCUGUUCAGUGUUCCGGUUACUCCAUUCCCUCCCCUGAGUGUCCUACCCCAACCAUUCACUCUUUUAAAACCAUUUCAAGCCCACUGGAACAUGCUUAGUCUUCAUUGGCUGUAUUGGAUCCACCCUGCAUUUGCAGUGUUGCUGGUGUGGUGGUGGAGACACUUGUGCCCAAUUCCAGUCUAUGGGCUGCUCUCACUUUUGUCACUGGGAACAUUUAAAAUAAUUACUCAGGGUGGAACCAGCAAUUGGAUAACCCAGAUAAUCAGGUUUCCUUUUGUGUGUGUGUCGCCAAAUCCCUAUUUCAUGGAGAUUGUGAAGGUUUGUGACUGUAUGAAUAAAAAAUUGAGAGGACAGUA